UAAUCUCGCGUUGUAGAGCGAGACUUCAGGCACACCCGGCUCCCGGUAUCCUCUCAACGGUCGGCAAGUUAACGGCACUUAAAUAUCGGAAUAAAUAUCGUACCCACAACAGUCUGCAGAACAGGAACUUUGUUUUUCGUCACAUGUGAUAAAGGAGCUCCGUGUAAAGUCUUAACGUGUGACGGUAUGUUAGAAGCCGGACAGAGCGCUGACAGCCGGACAGUUUCACCAGCAUCUAUCUAAAACACCGGCUAGCUGAGCUAAUUUAUCGAGUUAAACUAUUCAGAGGAACCUGUUUCGUUUUAAGUGAACUCCACGGGCGUGUUCGUGGUGAAAAGUGCGGUUUGUGAGUGAACCGGCAGCCGGUAGAUUUUCCUUUCAGUACCGGCUGAAACCGAGGGACAUGUGACGUGGUAGUAAGGGCUCGAGACACAGCGGUAGCCUCAAGAGCUCCUUAGCUCUCACAGUCAGCCGGCAACUAGCACACUGUCAGCCGGCAGCUAGCACUCUGUCAGCCGGCAACUAGCACUCUGUCAGCCGGCUCAUUCAUGCACCGGCAGGGCGCGUUGAUGCCCUCCUUGCUCAGCGAUGUAUUCUGCCAGUGCCGGUCCGCCGAGUCCCACCCAGGGGUCGACCGGGGCGGCGGGCACGCCGAAGACCCCUCCUCAGCUGCCACAUCUAAACCAGUCAGCGGAGAGCCGGUGGCCGGUGAAUGGCAUUCGAAUCCCGGCCAGUCAGAGCAUCCCUGUGACAUAUGCGGAGGGCCCGAGCAGGAGCACAGGCUGAAAGUGCUCUUCCAAGUCCUGGAUGUGAACGGGGAUGGAGGCAUUUGUGUCAACGACCUGACGAUUGGGCUGAAGAAACUGGGGGUACAUCGCACUGAACACGAGCUCAUGAAAAUAGUGAAAGCAGGGGACAAAGACCUGGACGGACAGUUAGACUUCGAGGAGUUUGUUCAUUAUCUCAGAGACCAUGAGAAGAAACUCCGGCUGGUCUUCAAGAGUCUGGACAAGAAGAAUGAUGGCCGGAUUGACUCACAAGAAAUUAUGCAGUCUCUGCGUGACCUGGGAGUGAACAUCUCAGAGGAACAGGCUGAGAAGAUCCUCAAAAGUAUGGAUAAAAACGGCACAAUGACAAUCGACUGGAAUGAGUGGCGGGAUUACCACCUCCUGCAUCCAGCAGACAACAUUCCUGAGAUCAUCCUCUACUGGAAACACUCCACGAUCUUUGAUGUUGGGGAGAGUUUGUUGGUUCCUGACGAGUUCACAGCAGAGGAGAAGAAAACAGGAAUGUUGUGGCGACACCUUGUGGCAGGAGGAGGAGCUGGUGCUGUGUCUCGAACCUGCACAGCACCACUGGACAGGCUCAAAGUACUCAUGCAGGUCCACUCCUCCAAGAGCAACAGCAUGCGUAUGGCUGGGGGCUUUGCCCAGAUGAUCCGAGAGGGCGGUGUGAGGUCACUGUGGCGAGGCAAUGGCAUCAAUGUCAUCAAAAUCGCCCCUGAGUCUGCUAUUAAGUUCAUGGCCUACGAACAGAUUAAACGAUUAAUCGGAAGCAACCAGGAGACGCUGGGCAUUGCAGAGAGACUGGUGGCGGGCUCUCUGGCUGGAGUUAUUGCUCAGAGCAGCAUCUACCCCAUGGAGGUUCUGAAGACACGGUUAGCCCUGAGGAAGACAGGCCAGUACUCGGGCAUCUUGGAUUGUGCCAAACAUAUCUUCCGGAAGGAGGGUGUGGCUGCUUUCUACAAGGGCUACGUCCCCAACAUGCUGGGCAUCAUCCCCUACGCUGGCAUUGACCUGGCCGUCUAUGAGACUCUGAAGAAUUACUGGCUGCAGCGCUUUGCCACAGACAGCGCCGAUCCGGGAGUGUUUGUGCUCCUGGCUUGUUGCACCACUUCCAGCACAUGUGGCCAGCUGUCCAGCUACCCACUUGCCCUGGUCAGGACUCGAAUGCAGGCACAAGCUACCCUGGAAGGAGGCCCUCAGAUGAGCAUGACGAGCCUGUUCAGACACAUCAUUAGGACCGAGGGGCCCAUGGGACUCUACAGAGGCCUGGCGCCCAACUUCAUGAAGGUCAUUCCGUCUGUCAGCAUUAGCUACGUGGUCUACGAGUACCUCAAGAUCAAGCUGGGGGUCCAGUCAAAGUGAUGAGGGAGGCAGAGUGAGGAGAUGAAGGCGCCAAAGGUUUUUGUUUUUGUUUU